CUCAGUAACGACAAAUUAUUAUUAAUGUGAAAUAUCACAAUAAAUAACCGAAAUGCGGUUCGGUUCCGCAUCGUGAUUUAUCGAUUAAACUAUAUAAAAAAAAAUCCAGACUGAAAUUAGAAGCUCACUUAUGAUGCAGAUGAAGUGAAAUAAUAUUUUAAUUAGAUAUUAUUUUAUUUGAUAAAAAUGUGCGAGUGAAAUCAUUAAAAAUUAUACACUGAGUCACUAACGGGUAUAAACAAUGGAACGCCCGAGCGUAUUCAUUGGAGCAAUAAUAUUAUUUUAUGUUACAUGUAUAAAUUGUGAUCGUGGAGACUAUAUAGGCUGCUAUAAGUUCAAAGAGGAUGUGUUAAAUACUCAUACAGGACAGUCUGUAGAUGUUUGCUUAUCAGCAUGCGAGCAAGUGUAUUACAAAUACGCUCUAAUUGGAAACGAAUCCACUUGUUUCUGUGCAAAUGAUCCCGGUCAGUUCGUACUAGGACCGGAGUCGUGUGAUACGCCGUGUCCAAAGAACGAAACACAAAAAUGUGGUGGAGAAAAUGCAGCUAGCGUGUACGAUACGGAAGUAACAACGCCUGGUCCGCCGAUGUCGAUAGAUAUUGUUAACAUAACUGAAACAACUGUGAGAGUGCAGUGGACGGGUCCACAAGCCUUUACCCGUAUCACAGCAUACAUAAUAACAGCAACAAUUUUAAAAACUUAUGCAGAUUUUGUUAUAAUACCAUUGGAAUGGAGAGUGUCUAAUGAAACAUUUCAAACAGAGUUACCAAAUCUUCAGUCGGGUUCUACGUACAGCAUAAGUGUUGCAGCUGCAAAUUAUGAAGAAGUAGGUGCAAAUAUAACUUUACAAGCUGAAACCAUUAUAGGGACACCCGACCCAAGCCCACCUGAUAUUGUCAUGCUAGAAAGACGUGGGGGCCAAAUGUUGGUUCAUAUUCCGGAAGCAAAAAAUGUCAAUGGACCUGUAUCUAUGUACAGAAUAGUUGUAUCAAUUGAAUUAUAUCAGCAAGGUUUCAUAACUGAAAAUUUAAGCAAUUUUUCAUACGCUUCUGAACAAGGACUGCCAUAUUAUAUAACUGCAGAGUUAGACCCUGAAGAUAUUAAAAGUAAUUUUAUUAUUGGUGACAAAACCACAUACAAUGGGUUUUACAAUGCACCACUACCAUUAACAAAUGAUAUUGAGGUUUCUCUUGGUGUGGUAAGUGAAAAAAAUCAUGUUAAGAAAAUUAGAUAUGCUGAAUCAACAAAGAAAAUAAUACUGAAUAUAAAUGAGCCUGAAGAAAUGUCACCCAUGGUUGUAGCACUGGGUGCGGCAAUUGCUAUAGGUAUAGUGCUGCUGUUGAUAGGCAUUGGGUUCCUUAUUAUUCUGCGCAAGAGAAUCCAUAUGGUCCGUAUGCAGCGUGGCUCACAGUCCAUGCCACUAAGUCUGAGUGAACCAUGUUUGGAGAUUGAAAAUUCUGGAUUUUUGCAGGACGAAGAUGAAAGAGUGGAUUACUAUGGUAAUCUAAAACGUAAACUAUGGAAUAUUCCGAGAAAUCUGAUUGACAUAGAUAUAUCUUGUGUAGUUGGAUUAGGUACCUACGGAAAGUUCACAAAAGGGAAAGUGCAGCAGCAUGGUGCUCAAACUUCUGGGCUUGUGCAGGUCAUAUUGGACAGAGAACUGGAAAAAUCUGAUAAGAAAUUAAUGCUACAAGAAUUAGAUUUAUUGAUUAAGUCCAGUGAGCAUGACAAUAUCAUUUCUUUAAUUGGUAUUUGCGAAACAAAUACAACCCUCUUUGUAGUAUUACAGGAUACUAAAACAACUCUUAAGGAAAUGAUUCUACAAAGUAGACAUAGGGAUCUGCAAAACAAUAAGUUUUGCCUAAUUUCUGAAAACAAAGCACUGCAGGUCUGCCUCGAAGUAGCUUGUGGUAUGGAAUAUUUACAAAGUAAAAAAAUUGGACACAAAAAGUUAAGUUGCCGUAAUAUUGUAAUAGGGGACAACGGUGUUGCUAAAGUAGCAGGGUUUGGGCUGUCUCACAUUUGUCCUCUGCAUGAAACACCGAAUUAUACUCGAUGGACCUCACAUGAAAUGCUCAGACAGACUAGAUUUAAUCCAAAGGCAGAUAUAUGGUCAUUUGGUAUUCUUGUAUGGGAAGUUUUUACCAUAGGAGCAACACCAUAUGCUCACACAGGUAACAAAGAUGUUGUAGCUAGAGUCUUGAGAGGAAUGAGACCCUCCCAGCCAUCAUAUGUUGGUGAUGAACUCUUCCAAUUGUGUUUACAGUGCUGGCAAAUUGAUCCGGAUGAAAGACCCAGUUUUUCAUCUCUUUUGAAUGAAUUGACCCCAUUUGCAGAAGGCCCUGGCACUAGAUGUCUCAGUUUCACACAUUAUAAUGGAUUUAACUACGAACCUCAUGUGCCACAGUAUGAAAUUGUUUCAUAGUGUUAUUCUCAAUAAUACUGACUAUACCAUUGUAGUUAAAAUUAAGCAAAAGUCUUAAACACUAAUAAGUAUACAUGUUGUGUACAUAUAUUCAUGAUGAUUAUUCCCAAAUUGAAACAAAGUAAUGGUGUAGUCAUUGCUAUAUAUAUGCUUUUAUAUUAUAAGUUUAAAAUUUAUAAUCCAAAGAUUUGCUUCUGAUUAUAACUGCCACAAUUAGAUUUAACAUACUGUUUGAUUCUCAGUUUAUUCUCAAUGUAUUAUUAAUCUCAAUCUUCAAACUUGUAAUCUUAUUUAGAAUAAUAAGUAUAAAGAGAACAUGUAUAUUAUAUAAGAAAGUCUAAAAGCAAUUAUGUUUGUGCUCCAAAUAUAAUAAUAAUAUCUCUGAUAUAACCUCUGAAAUACAAUUUAUAUCAGAGACCAAUCAUUGUGUCAUACAUGUACUCUAUUGAUAUUUUCAGUCGGGCACUUUUUCAUUGUUGGUUCAUAUUUUAUUGAUCAAGACCCAUCCCUUACCCAAGUUUAUCUAUGCUUUGGUUUUCCAGUCUAGUAAAGCUAAGAUGUCUGGGGUAAAUGUCGUCAUAAUGAGGAUCUGUUACAUUACAUGUUACCUUAUAUUGUAUAUGAUCUGAUGUAGUUUGAUAUUAUUUUAUCUUUGUUAAAUACUCCAAUUAGUUAUUAAUUAGAUUUUUAAUAUGACAAUAUUAAAAUAUCGAUAUAUUCACAAUCAUAAAGCCUUACAUGCAAAGCCAAAUGCCAACCUGUUUUAACUAUUAAGUUCGUUGAUGUCUUACCACCACCUGGGAUUGCCACAAGUCUUACCUCGGAGCAGUGUCUAAUCUAAGGCCAGCAAUCUUGUGUCAGUUCACAUAUGGUCGCAUUGGCUGAGGUUUGGCCAACAUGUCUCUCCUGGUUAGUGAGGUAGAUUCACUCAGUUCAUCUUCCCUUCGAUCUUAUAGAUAAUUAAUAUAGUAGUAAACCUUCUAUAAUGACAGGAUUUAGAUUUAAAAUACACAUGGUUUAACUCCGUCUUAUAAUAUCCAGGACAAAAUAUUUUUUGUUCAGGUAUGUUUUAAUCAAUAUGACUAAACACUUAUACAAUACAACAAAUGAAAUAAAAGAAAAUAAUUUAUUGUUUUAUAAAAGGAUAUCGCGAGCAAUAUGUAUUGCAAGUAAAAACAGGUUACCAGUUCUUCACUUGCUUUAAUGAGCAAGUUUUAUUACUUAUGAGUUGGUUUGAAUGUAUAAUAUUGAUUAUUGUAUAACAUGUAUAUUUAAAAACUAUAGCUUUAAACAUUUCAUAGUAUUAUCAUAGUCUAAUAAAACUAUCGAUUAUAUGGUUUUUAUGAGUUAUAACAAAAAAAGACAAAAGAAAGACUUAUAUAACAUACAAGCUUCAGUGAAAUUAGGAAAAGCAAAUGUAUAGGAGUUUUGUUCUUUGCUGAGGUAUAUAUAUAACAGGCAGAUGAAACUUUUUUACUGCCAGUUUCAAAAAUUAUGAACAAAGUUGGAUUUUUUUGGUUGACAAAUUUGAGAUCAAUGACAAUUCAGAUUGGAGUUACUCAAACUUAAUCUGACUGAUCACAAACUUAGCUUAGUCUGAAAGUUUUAGGUUUAAUGUUUCAUCUGCAAGGAGGACCGUAUGGUCUUUGUACUGAAGUACUAAACGAUCCCAAUAUUAGGGGACAUCUCUUCUUAAAUGUGUUUGUCAGUUAAAAUGAAAGAGUUCUAGCUGUUACAUAUAUUUUAACUUUGGAAGACACGGCAUGUUGAAAAUGGCAUUAAAAAUAUGCACUUAGAGUGCUUGUACUUAAUAUUUAUUUUAAUAUACUUUUAUUGUGUAUAUGACUGUGCGAAUAACCAUUCCAUUAAUGUUCAUAGUUAUUAAGAAUUUAUAUUUUAUUUGUAUUAUUUGCCGUACUUAUUUUAUACACCUAAAUGUUGUCAUUCCGUCCAUGUAUUUUUAUAUGAAUCUCAUUUAUGUAAUGAUUUAGCUUUUACACACCGAGAACUAAUAAAUAUUUAUAGAUAG